AUGCUGCCCGGGCUCCGACGCCUGCUGCAAGGUCAUGCCUCCGCCUGCCUUCUGCUGCUGCUCGUGGCUCUGCCCCCCGCCGCCCCCAGCUGUCCCAUGCUCUGCACCUGCUACUCAUCCCCUCCCACAGUGAGCUGCCAGGCCAACAACUUCUCCUCGGUGCCGCUGUCGCUGCCCCCCAGCACACAGCGCCUCUUCCUGCAGAACAACCUCAUCCGCACGCUGCGGCCUGGCACCUUCGGGCCCAGCCUGCUCACCCUGUGGCUCUUCUCCAACAACCUCUCCACCAUCUACCCGGGCACCUUCCGUCACCUGCAGGCGCUGGAGGAGCUCGACCUGGGUGACAACCCACACUUGCGCUCGCUGGAGCCAGACACCUUCCACGGCCUGGAGCGGCUGCAGUCACUGCAUCUGUACCGCUGUCAGCUCAGCAGCCUGCCCAGCAACAUCUUCCGCGGCCUGGUCAGCCUGCAGUAUCUCUACCUCCAGGAGAAUAGCCUGCUCCACCUCCAGGAUGACCUGUUCGCCGACCUGGCCAACCUGAGCCAUCUCUUCCUGCACGGCAACCGACUCCGGCUGCUCCCCGAGCACGUAUUCCGGGGCCUGGGCAACCUGGACCGCCUGCUGCUGCACGGCAACCGGCUGCAAGGGGUGCACCGCGCGGCCUUCCGGGGCCUGAGCCGCCUCACCAUCCUCUACCUGUUCAACAACAGCCUGGCCUCGCUGCCCGGGGAGGCGCUGGCCGACCUGCCGGCGCUCGAGUUCCUGCGGCUCAACGCCAACCCCUGGGCCUGCGACUGUCGCGCGCGGCCGCUCUGGGCCUGGUUCCAGCGCGCGCGCGUGUCCAGCUCCGACGUGACCUGCGCGACGCCCCCCGAGCGCCAGGGCCGGGACCUGCGGGCCCUCCGCGACUCCGACUUCCAGGCCUGCCCGCCCCCCGCUGCACCCCCGAGGCCGGGCAGCCGGCCCCGGGCCAACAGUUCCUCCUCUUCCAACCACCUUUACGGGGUGGCCGAGGCGGGCGCGCCCCCCGCUGACCCGUCCACUCUCUACCGCGACCUCCCCGCCGAGGACCAGGACGCCCGGGGUCGCCAGGGUGGGGACGCGCCCACCGAGGACGACUACUGGGGGGGCUACGGCGGGGAGGACCAGAGAGGCGAGCAGACCUGCCCUGGAGCUUCAUGUCGGGCCCCCGCGGACUCUCGGGGUCCUGCGCUGUCACCCCGACUUUCUGGGCCUCUGCUUUGCCUCUUGCUCCUGGCGCCCCAUCACCUCUGA